AUGCUUAACGAUGAUGGCUUUCUUAAAGCAGUAGCUCAUAAUAGUAAUAUCGAAGUCAUUCUGACUUUAAACUACUCACCCUGUAGUGAAUGUGCAAAGAUAUUAAAAACAUUUUAUGAAAGUCGCAAAAAGAAAAUCACGAAGUUCAUCAUCCAGUUUUCAUACUUGUAUUAUAUAAAAAAUGAAAAAAAUCAAAAUGGCCUCCGAAACCUGAACGAAGCAGGUGUAACCUUACAAGCCAUGAAUCCAAACUCGUGGCGUGAAUUGGAAGUUGGAAUUGACCUUGAUGAUAUGGAGAGAAAUGAUAGAGGAAAAAUAACUGAAAGAGACAAAAAGACAGCUUAUCAACUACGUAGCGUGCUCUCUCUAUAUAAAAAAGAGCAAGUUCAAGACACCUCUGUUGAUGAAUUGUCUUCACGAUUCAACCAGCUGAUAAAAUUUUAG